CUUUCACAUGGAUAUCAUCGAACUUCAGUACUUGCCCUGAGGAUGCUAAUGAGGACAUGGUGAAGACAUAUGCUCGUGUCUACAUGUGGUACAUGAUAUCCAGGACUAUGUUUGCUGAUGGCACAGGCAAGAAUGCUCCAUGGAUGUGGCUAAAGGCAUUGACCGUCUUCGAUAGCAAAUGGAGUUGGGGUUCGGUGACACUGGCUUACUUGUAUCGACAGUUGGACGAAGCCUGUUGUAGGCACACUGGAGGUAUUGGUGGUUGUCUGCUCGCACUUUCCAUAUGGAGGUGGGAGCGUUUGCCGGUUGGACGACCGAAGAUCGUGAAGUACGAGGACUGGGACGACAAAGACGACCCACUACGGCUCCCCACUUGGGCUUACAAGUGGGAUGUGUUAAAUGAGACGACAGAUGAUCCCUCGGUAAUGUACAAUUUGUACAAGAGCGAGCUGGAUGCGAUCACGCCUGAGCAGGUGAACCGACAUUGCAUAAGUGAUUAUCAUGCUUGUAUCGUAACUCGAUAUCAAUUUUGCAUUCAGUCCCAUUUUGCAGGUGGAAUGGGAGCCGUAUGGAAAAGGAGAGAGUUUUGGUUGGAUAGGAAAAAGCAGCGGAAGAUCAAGGAUUGGGCCAAGCAUCAUAGCAAGUAUGUCGUGCAGUUCGCUCUUAGUGUGGAGCAAGCAAGGGCUGGAAAACGAGCCCAGCUUCGUGAGCACUGCCCGAUCGCGUUCAACAACUAUCUCACAUGGUUUCUUGCAAGUACCCGCGUGGAGGUAUGCAAGCCGGCGUAUGCUGAGGAGAUUCUGGAAGAACCCACCGUUUUUGAUGAGGUGUAG